AUGACGAUACCACUUUCAAUGGUUGAUGAUGUUGCUAUCUUUGAUUUAUGUCAACAACAUCACGGCCACAACAUGUUACCUGUCUAUGUUCUCUUUGAUUCUCGUACCAUGUCUCACAACCACCCAACAAGAACACCACACUGGUCUGUCAUAGAUCAAGCUCGUAUCGCCAGCAACCUCAACAAUGUUUCAUCAACCGUGUCUGUGGUAGAUGAAACUGUUAUCUAUGAUUCUCCUAUGGGCAAUGUUCCAAGAAGAUCAAGGAUUAAUCAUCAAACGGGUCAUCCCCGCCACCACCACAACAAUGGUACUAGAGCUUCUCCACCUGUGAUCCGUGUUCAAAAUACUAGACCUUCUCCUGUGGUGAUCCCUGUUCAAGAUACUUCGCAACAUCUCACAACAUCCACAACAGAUGCAGAAUCCAUCUGUUGCAUUUGUCUUGUUGACUUGUCUAAUGGUUCUUCCACGCCAAUUCGGUUGCGCUGCUCUCAUCUAUUUCAUAGCCACUGCAUUCAAAAAUGGAAUAGCAUUAAGAAAACUUGUCCACUCUGUCGCGCCAAUGUUUAA